AUGACAGCACCACUCAGCGAUGCUCAGAAACAGGGCGUCGAGUCCAUGAUCAGGGGCAUGAAUCAUCCCAAAAGCGCCCCACCGGACAUGUCCUUCACGAUGGGCUGGGACGUCGUCGCCAACUACUCGGAAACGCAGAUAAACAGCCUGCUGGCCGAGCGUCACAGGUCCUUCACCCAAAAGCAGAGUGGCAUGCUUCAGGAGCUGCGCUUCGAGAAUGACGAGGUCGACAACCGCACCCAUCAGAAGUACAAGUCCUUCUGGCACGUCAAAUUUGGCCCGCCCGUCAUUGAAUUCAACGCCAGGUCCGUGAAAACACCGUGCUGCUCCCUCAAGAUGGAGGUCAUUGGCGGGAGUGUUCAGUGGGGUAGCGAGGCGCCGGUGGAAUCGUUUGAGCCCGGCUGGUUCGUGAGCUUGAACAAUGUCCCCCUUGCCAGCGCGAUGGGGGAACUAGUCGAGGGAAAGAUUCAACCGGAGGAGAACACGUCCAUCAUUCCGGGGACAAAGCCGAUCCAUUUCGACUUCGAUGUCGUCAAGCAGCAGCACGUUGUGCUGGCAUUCGAGAUGGACCCAAACUCCAUCACAGUCACGGCCAUCCCGCCAGAGGACUGGAACAAGGACGAUUCCCAUUCAGUCACCGACAGCCAGUUCCAAGACAGAUUCAAGGCCUACUUCACGGGCACCAAGGGCGGGAUCGGGCAGCUCGUUGACGGCGUUCCCCGGGCGUUCAGCUACGCUAUCGCCAGUGUCAACAACCAGACCAACAGCCAGGGGGUGGAGCUGCGGCCCGAGAAGUUCCAGUUCGCUACGUAUUGUGGCAGCGGCCAUUGGGAGAACGUCACGAUCUUGUCCAUCUUCAUCCAGGUCGUGGGCGGAGUCAGCAAGCCCGACUCGGUGAACCUCCAGCAGCGGUGGACCACGCAGUGGUACGACAACGGCAUCAUGCCCAUCCCAGCGGGCUUCUCGGCUAGUCUCCUGCUGUCCUCUUCUCUCUUCAAGACGACAAUCCUCCAGCACGGAUUCAAAAAUUCAGGCUGGUCGCUUAAGGAUUCGCCAACGCCAAACGAAGCAGUCAAUAAGGUCACAUGCCUGAGUUCCGAAAAAUGGAACGUCGCCGAGCAAAACAUCAAAUACCACCAGACAAGCGUCUUCCACGUGGACGGCUCCAAUGUCAACCUCAAGGACUGUCCCCUGGAGCUGAGCAUCAACCAGGACGACGUGAAUGGACCGCCUUCGGUCCGCGCGCUGUGGAAGAUCGAGCGCAGUAUCAAUUGGACGGCGAAAUGGGAUUUUGCCUACAUUGGCCCCAACUACGAAGGUGCCAGCGGCACCAUUAACGCGACGUACCAACUCUGCGAUACGGACAACCACGCGCUGCCUCGGAAGCUCAACUCCACGGUCAAAGUGACGGACGAUGAUUUCAAGUUCGACCUGAACCUGCAGACCAAGGACUUUCGCAUGGACCAAAAGGAGCCCAACGGUAUCAGCUGGGACGCGUGGCAUGAGGGUAUGGAGAAACUCUGGCAGCAGGCGCCGGAAGUGUCGGUGGCUUCUUUCGGUAUUGGAUUCUUGCGCACCACAAACCUGCUGCUGCCGGGGAGCAAAGUGAUGGGCAUCAAUUCGACGGUUGGUGUCAAGAUCCCCAAGGAUCUCGUUCUAGUGGGCGAUGUUGUUCCAGCUUAG